AUGAACAACAAAGACAUUUUAGAUCACGUAGGCGCAAGAUGGGACGGAUUGCCAAUAUCAUCACAAUCAGCACUUUUGGAUGCGGACGAUGGUGCUGUAAAGAUACAAGAUUCAAUGAAGGAGGACCAAGAAGCUCAACCGAAAAAAACAUGUACUCAGCAAAUAAUAAAAUUCAUCAAAAUUAUGAUACCACAUGUAAUGUUAGUAAUGGUUCUGAUUGGAUAUCUUUGUCUUGGUGCAUGGAUCUUAAUGAUGCUCGAAACAAAAACCGAACUUAUGGCUCGAUCAAGAAAGCUUGUUCGUUUAACGAAUAUUAUGACGAAUUUCACGGCGGAUAGCUGGCGAAUUUUAAAUGAUGCUCAAACAGGAGCAAGAAUUACCAAAUAUAACGAAUGGUCUCAAAUAUUCAAAGAAUAUAUGUUAACAAUAUCUGAAGCCGUUGACGAUAGACGACCAAUAAGAAAAGAACUCCAGAGGGCAGACGACCUCAGUAAUAUGCAUAACAAAUGGACUUUUCCAACAGCACUUCUUUAUGUACUUACAGUUCUUACAACGUGUGGAUACGGCGAAGUUUCUGUAGACACCGAUCUUGGUAAAAUAUUUGCUGUUGGCUUUGCGCUCAUUGGCAUCCCAUUAAUGUUUAUAACUGCUGCUGAUAUCGGAAAAUUUUUAUCAGAAACGUUAUUACGAUUUGUUUCUAGUUGGAAUCGAAUGGUGCACAAAAUAAAACAAAUAUGUUGUCGAAGGCGAUAUGCAAGAAGAAAAACAUCUCAAUCAACGGUUAAUUCCGAGAACCUCGAUAUGUUUGGCAUCGAUGGAACUGAUGAAAAAUUAUGGUUCCCUAUAGGAGCUUAUGUUUCAUGUAUAUGUUUAUAUUGUUCAAUGGGUUCGGCUAUGUUCAUCAACUGGGAGCGAUCCUGGUCGUUCAUACACGCUUUUCAUUUCGGAUUUAACCUCAUUGUUACUGUCGGCCUAGGCGACAUUGUUGUCAUUGAUUACUUAUUUUUAUCUCUUAUCGUUGCUUUUGUCAUUGUUGGACUGUCAGUCGUAACUAUGUGUGUGGACUUGGCGUCGACUCAUUUGAAAGCUUAUUUCACAAGGAUUCACUAUUUUGGUCGAGCAAAGCGAUUCUUGGGAAUGAGUGAAGAUUUAAGAGAAAUUGUUGCUUUAUUAGGAGCUAUGAGAAGGAAAAAAGGUGGAAAGUUAGCAUGUCAUCUUUACGAAUCUCUACCGAGUAUUAGAGGUCAAGGUGAUUUGCAGGUGACAUGGGACGAUGUACGUGAUUUUCUAGACAACGAACUACGUGAUCGACCAUUUGAACCGCAUGAGCUUUUAAUGAAAUUGCGUUUUAUCGAUGAAACAUCAUCAGGAAUGUCAACAAUACGGCAUAACUCAUUCCAAUCAGAUUUCUUUCGCGACGCUGAGUACCUUCGACGAAUCACUGCCAUACGACCAGAACAACCCGCUUUUUUAUAA